UUGCAUGCAGUGACUCCUACCAACCUCAGGUGAACUCCCAAAGCGCGGCAGUAAUUAGUACUAGCUAAAGCAUCACUUUAGGCAGAUUAACAGCAGGUGAAAGUAAGAGCUAGAAUGAUGUGAGUGGGGGAAGCGGAAAAAAAAAAGAUAGAGGAGCAGCAGUUGAAAAAGAAAGUCCAAGUAGCAGAGUAAAUCUAGAAAGUGGGCGUGGUAUCUUUCCCUAGAUUUUCUUAUUCCCCCUUCUCUCUCCUUCUACUCUCUCUCUCUUCUUCCACCCCCUCGCCUCCCUCCCCAUCAGGCUCCCUGGCCGGUCAGCAUCUCCCCAUCCGUCCCCCUUGCCCUUCGUCUUCGCCUUGUUCUUGGCUUCCUCGGGGCAGGGAAGGGAAGAGGGGAAGGAGGAGGCGAGACCCUGAUUUGAUCUGCUUGCUUUUGGUUGCCGAGGAGAGGAGAGGGGUUGGUGCAGUUGGAGGCGUGCCUCUGUGUCUGUGUGCGCGGAGAUGGACCCCAAGUUCCCCACACCCCCACCGCUAAACAAAACGGAGCCCACCACCGCGACGACCACCACCACCACCUCCUCGACCGCGCAGCAGCAGCAUCAGCAGCUGGAUCCCAAGGACUACCAGCAUCAGCAGCCGGCGCAGCACCAGGAGCAGCACCACCACCACCUGCAAAUCCAAAUCCGCCAGCCGCCACAGCAGGACGGGGGCGGCGGCGGCGCCAAGGAGCAGCAGCUGCAGGUGGCGGCGCCGGCAGGGGAGCGGAGGGUGGCGCUCGCGCCCAAGCGGAGCUCCAACAAGGACCGCCACACCAAGGUCGAUGGCCGGGGCCGCCGGAUCCGGAUGCCCGCGCUCUGCGCCGCGCGGAUCUUCCAGCUCACCAGGGAGCUCGGCCACAAGUCCGACGGCGAGACGGUCCAGUGGCUGCUGCAGCAGGCCGAGCCGGCCAUCGUCGCCGCCACCGGCACGGGCACCAUACCGGCGUCCGCGCUCGCCUCCGUCGCGCCCUCGCUCCCGUCGCCCAACUCAGGGCUCGCCAGGCCGCACCACCACCACGCGCCCCACAUGUGGGCGCCGCCCACCGCUUCAGCCGGCUUCUCCUCGCCGGCCUUCUUGAAUUCCGCCGGCGCCGGCGCCGGCGACGCCGCUGGUAUCGGCGGCCUCAUGCAGCGGAUGGGGCUCCCCGCUGGCCUCGAGAUGCCCGCCGGGGGCGCCGCCGGAGGGACCCUCGGCGCCGGCGGCCACAUCGGCUUCGCGCCCAUGUUCGCCGGACACGCCAUGCCGGGGCUCGAGCUUGGGCUCUCGCAGGAUGGCCACAUCGGCGUGCUCGCGGCGCACGCGCAGUCGAUCAGCCAGUUCUACCACCAGGUCGGAGCUGCGGGGGCCAGCGGCCAGCUGCAGCACCAGCAUCACCAUCACCAGCAGCAGGAGGACGGUGAGGACGAGGACGCUGAGUCCGAUGAAGAGUCCGGCCAGUAGUGUAACCGUUCAACCUUGCGUUUCUGGGUGGUUCCUUGAAGAGGAGAGGAGAGGAAGGAGAGAAAAAGUGUAUGCACGCCGCACGCAGGCCACGGGAUGCUUCUGCUACUCUUGGGUUAUUAUUGUUCGUCGAGUUGUGAUGAAUUUUUAUGUUCAUUUUUUUCUUGCGUGAUAUCAAACUCAAUGGAGGCCUUUUGCUCUGAGGACUUGUUGGAUCAAGAUCAUCCCAUGGUUCUUCCCACUAUUCUGUGGAUGAUCACCCAGAGCCCUCUCUCCGACUUCCAGGUGUAUAAUAGCUGAAAGCUGGAUGAAUUGGAUCAAUCGCCCUUGAGUGAGUGCCUUAUUUGUCAUUGCAAAGUGUGUAGAUAUUCAGGUAAUUUUGCUGUUAGAGGUGUUCUUUUUAUCGGAGUGAUGAUCCACUUAUUAAAAACAAUUGAAGUAGUGGCCGGCAAUUUGAUCCUCCAAAGGUUGUUUCUGCAACGCAAAUACAGCGUACAACUCUACUGCCGAGAUUACCACAUACCUGUUUGCUUCUUCUGUGGCAUGCCAGUGAUAUGUUUCUGCCUUCUAGAUUUCUUUUUUUUUCAUGGACAAAAAUGCAUACCCUAGUUGUUUGCUUGGUAUUGUUAAGUAUUUCUGUACGUUGGAGGCAUUGUCUAUUACUAGUACUACAUAUGAAAAGGUAAAGAUCAGUAGAUGGCAGUACUGAUAAAUAUGCCUGUACAAAACAGAAUAUAUAGAAGGCCUCCAAAUGGCACUUGAUUUGAUUCAGAAACGAAA